AUGAUAACAAAUUUAUUCUCUGUAUUCGACCCCUCAUCAAGUAUUUUCAAUUUAUCACUAAAUUGAAUAAGAACAUUUUUAGGACUUCUCCUAAUUCCUUCUGCCUACUGAUUGAUACCUUCACGAUGACACAUCUUCUGAAAUUCAAUUCUUCUUACACUUCAUAAAGAAUUCAAGACUCUUUUAGGACCAUCAGGACAUUCAGGGUCAACCUUUAUUUUUGUUUCUCUAUUUUCACUAAUUUUAUUCAACAAUUUUAUAGGAUUAUUUCCCUAUAUUUUUACAAGAACAAGUCAUUUAACGCUUACUCUUACAUUAGCUCUACCCCUAUGAUUAUGUUUCAUACUUUAUGGAUGAAUCAACCACACACAGCACAUAUUUGCUCACCUAGUCCCUCAAGGAACUCCUGCAGUUCUUAUACCAUUUAUAGUAUGUAUCGAAACUAUUAGUAAUAUUAUUCGACCUGGAACUUUAGCCGUUCGAUUAGCAGCUAAUAUAAUUGCAGGACACUUAUUACUUACUCUUCUAGGAAACACCGGACCCUCCCUUUCUUAUGCAAUUGUAUCUUUAUUAUUAAUCGGUCAAAUUGCUCUAUUAGUAUUAGAAUCAGCAGUAGCUAUUAUUCAAUCAUAUGUAUUCGCAGUUCUAAGUACACUAUACUCUAGAGAAGUAAACUAA